AUGGAAUUUUCUUGCAAGGACUUCAAGGUUGGAAAAUGCCAAGGCCAAAAGCUGGUGGAUGGUGAAACCAUGCCAUUGGUUCUGCAACCCCCCGAGGCAGACAAGGCUGAUAUAGAGUCACUUUUGUUGGCCUUAAAGACAAAUAAGGAUUGGUUCGAGCAAUUGAUCAUCAAAACCGGUGCUGUCCUCCUCCGAGGUUUCGAUGUCAAGAAUGCGCAAGACUUCAAUGACAUCGUGGAAGCGUUCGGUUGGGAUGAUAUUCGUUAUGUCGGACCAGCAUCUCGGACGCAUGUGUAUAAACGUGUGUGGACAGCUAAUGAAGGACCACUCUCUGAGUUCAUUUAUUACCACCAUGAAAUGGUUCUGAUAAAGGAAUAUCCAAAGAUAUUAUUACUAUUCUGCGAGGUGCCACCACCGGAAGGUGGACAGACACCUUUUGUUCCUAGCUUUCGAGUAACAGAGCGGAUGCUAGAGGAGUUCCCAGAAGCUGUGGAGGAUAUGGAUGCCAAGGGGUUAAAAUACACAUUCACAGCCCUCAGCAAGAAUGAUACAUCAUCAAUGAGGGGUAGAGGCUGGGAAGAUGCUUUUGGAACAUCAGACCGUGCAGAGGCCGGGAGAAGGGCCAAAGCACUGGGAAUGGACCUGAAGUGGCAACCUAAUGGAGGGGUGAAGGCUAUACUGGGACCUCGAUCUCUAACAAAGGUGUUUGACGGAAGAAAAGGGAGGAGAAUGUGGUUUAACACUGUAGUUGGUAUGCAUGGAAAAGAGCUUAGCUCAGCCUUGAUGGCAGACGGAACAGAGAUACCAGAAAAAAUAGUUAAGAGAUGUGAAGAGAUCAUUGAAGAAGAAAGCAUUCAAUUCGAUUGGGAGAAGGGUGAUGUUCUCUUCUUUGACAACUUAGCUUUGCUCCACGGUCGGAAGCCCGCAAAGCCCCCUAGAAGAGUACUCGUUGCCACUUGCAAGUAAAGUCCCCUUUUUUGUAUUGUAUCCAUCCUAGUAAAAACUGAGCAAAGACAUCUUAUAAGCCUCUUUUGAACUAAAAAGGAUCGGUUUGU